GUUUGUCCGUGCCGUUUGUUUUACUAAUGGCGCUGUGUUUUCAGCGCACUACGCAUUUCUUGGAAAAUACUCCGGUGGUUGUAUUCGCGUUAACUACAACUGCCGCAACGUGACCUUAUGCUCUUCGUCGGUUAUUCUAGGAUUUCUUGAUAUCUGAAUCUGCGUUUCCCGUUCCCAUAGAUGCGGUUGGCUUCAACGUCAGCCUGCAAUGCCAAAAAAUAGGAACAGUUUUGUCAUACACGGAUAAAUUUUGUUCUUGAAAUCUGAAACAAUUUGCGGUCAUGUCAGCCGUACUGGAAUUUGUUGGAGCGGUACCGGAUGAUCCUGAUCACAUCCAUCCACCGACGGGGACAUAUUUUCCCAGGAAGUGCAGCAGUGUUAAAUCGAUGUCGCAAUUCGGAGUGGAAGUCAAGGACAUCACCGAUAUGUGGAAAGACAUCGAGACCUUUCUAUAUGAGAACGGCCGCAAUGAAUCCAGCCUGACCGGAAGCCCGACUGUCUCCUCAACCACUCCUUGCGUUCCACCCGGCAUCGACCUAUCAACAAACAGAUCCGGGGAUGACAUGAUCGAUCUGGAUUUUUUGCUAAACGACUCGAUCUGCGACAACACACCGCAGCCUUUCACGGCGUCCUCUUCACUCCCGUCGCAUGCUCCUUCCACCUUUUCUCCGCAUAUUCCUCCUCCCUGUUUUCCCUCUUCGUCCGGACUGCACUCCGCUCCGGACAGCUUAUCCAGUCAAACAGCCUACUCAUCGCAGUCCCAAAACCAUGCAGAUGUUAACUGUCAUCCGCACAAUAUGCCAUUUCCGAGCGGCUACGCCCACAGCACGGGCGAACCGCAUCCGUUCGCGCCCACUGAAUUGGGACAGCAGCGCAAUGGACGCCUGGUAUACAAUCAGCGUCUACCUGUUGCUGCAUUCCCACCGAACUCCCAUUGUCGUAUUAAGACAGAAGAUGGCCAAAGUGACGUGUCUCCAUACCUGCAACGGCUGCAUGCCCAGCAGUCGCAGCUGCCGUCCCGAAUAUGUCGUCCGCCAGCCCAUACACCCAUUUCACCACCGUCCACCCCGGAAAAUCAUCUACGCGACAUUAUGUGCCAUCCGAACCGUAUGAUGCUCAACGAGCAGCAAAUCGGACAGUUUAUCACCAGCUCGUCCCGGCCCAUGCAUUCAGCACAGAAUCUGCCGGGCAGUAUUAUCUAUCCUGCAUCCAGUAACUACACUAUGAGCCCACCCUCAUCGCCGCUGAUGCACCACAAUGACCAGUAUACAGGCACGGUGCAAUGCCAUUCAACACAGCCGGGACUCGUAUCAUAUAACCCGGGCAGUACCAUCUUCCAUCAUGCUUCGCAACAACCCUCGUCAUCAAGCUUUCCCGGGACUUUUGAAGUCAGUCUGAAAGGGAAACGCGGACGACGGAGCUGGGGCCGGAAAAAGGUCACGACGCACGCUUGUACACAUGCCGGCUGCACGAAAACUUAUACAAAGAGCUCGCAUUUGAAGGCGCAUUUAAGGACUCAUACAGGAGAAAAGCCUUAUCAGUGCACUUGGAAGGGGUGCGGCUGGAAGUUUGCUCGCUCGGAUGAGCUGACAAGACACUAUCGGAAACAUACCGGUGAUCGUCCCUUUCAGUGUCCACACUGCGAAAGGGCAUUUUCUCGAAGUGACCACCUGUCUCUGCAUACAAAACGCCACAUAGCGAUUUGAUUACUGUUUUGAGUAAGACUGCUUAAUAUUGAGUUUUAUUUUCUCUAAUCGGAUCGCCAGUGUUUUUGAUACUGCUAAAGGAAAAGUAACGUAAAUUAUUAUUCGGCUUUGAUACAAUUUAUUAACUGUAAACUGUACAAAGUUGUUGAAAAAUGCAGUUGCCCUAAUUGGUGUAUUUUGUGUAAAAUAUUGUGUUUGUGAAAGUCAAACCUUCGGGAACGUUUUGUUUUCCCGGGUUUCCGUUGCGGUCGAGAAAGGACUUUAGAAAGAGACAAUUAAUUUAGUACGAGUAUUUUAUCGCUGGUGAGCACGAAAAUCCGAAUAGACAAUAAAGCCAUGUUGUUUGUA